AUUUAUCAAUAGAAAAAAAAUUAUGCAUAGAAAAUUCAUUUUCGUCUCGUUAUGGCUAACGCUAACUGUAUUCAUACAACUGCUGCCGUCGGCCAGCAGCAAUUCAACUCCAAGCAAAGAACAAAUUCCUGCUGCUCCCGGACAGAAGUUUGUUUGGCCCGGGUGUCAUGAGGAGAAAAAACGAAUCGAUCAAAUUGUUGGAACUAUCAAUGCAUGGUUCGGAUGUAAUAAUGAGAAAAAACGAAUCGAUCAACUUGUUGGAACUAUCGAUGCCUUACAACAGCAGAUCCCGGCCAAAAACACUCUUGCUGAUAUGGAAAAUGCUCUUCGUAGAGAAAAAGCCAAAAAUCAAGAGCUUAUUGCCAACUUGGAAUUGUGCGAAGAAAAACGUAAAAUGUUUAAUAACUACGUGCUGGAUUCUUUUUUACGCAAUUCGCCUUAUUCUGGAGUAGAAAAUUACACCCGAUACUUAGUGGCUCGAUUGGGAAUGUUGCCAAUAAAAAAUGCGAAACCUUUGAUACCCGAAUUCGGACCAGUCAUCAACGACGUUCUUUCCUUUCGCUAUCCCAUCAACAUUCCGUCGUGUCCAGCAGCAGAAAUAACAAAUAAUACUUCGGCGAACCCAAGUGUUUUCAUAGCGAUUAUAUCGGCUCCGGGUAAUUUCAAAGAGCGAAACGACAUCAGAGCAACGUGGCUGAUUCACCUCAAAAAUGUUCUGGAAAAAAAUCUGCUGGGCAUUAGCACCCGAUACGGUUUCUUUCUCGGUCAGACUCAAGACGAUUCGAUUCAAAAGGGAAUCAAAGAAGAGAGUCGGAAACACGGGGACAUCAUCCAAAUCGAAAUGGACGAUUCGUACCGCAAUUUGACGUUUAAAGGCAUCGCCGUGCUCAACUGGGUGCGGCAACACUGCGCCAAGGUCGACCUCGUUUUCAAAGUGGACGACGACAUCUACGUCAACGUGCACAAUCUCGUUCAUUUCGUCCGGUCCAACUAUCAAUCGAACAACAGUUUGUUCGGCUUACCCUCGAGUGAAGACCUUACCCUCAAACGUUACAAAAAGCUGGGUAGUAUUAGAUAUUAUAAUUCAUUCGAAGAGUACCCUUGGAGCAACUAUCCUGACAAUGGGCUCUCAGGACCGGCCUAUUUCAUGCACACAAGCGUCGUCAUUCCGAUAUUGGCUGCCAGUCAGACCAUUCCUUUCCACCCGUCCGAUGAAAUUUUCCUGACUGGAAUGUGCACGGAAAAAGCCAGUUUAAAGAUACGAAAUUCCAGACCCGAAUACACUUGGAAUUUGAAGCCACCAUAUUCCGAAGGCCAACCCAGUGUCUAUAAUCCGUAUAGUUUGGGAACCAUUCCGACGCCGUGUUAUUUGCGGAACUAUGUCGGGUUGGAGACCGAAAAUCAAUUCAACACCCACUCGGCCGUCGACGAUUUUUAUCGGAACAAGACCCAGUGCGUCAUAAACAAAGUGGAUGGAACCAAAAGAACAAUUGACUUCACCGCCCCCAUUAUCUUCAAGUUCACUUAGGCUGUGAUACACAAGACAACGAAGACAAGAUUAAUUCUCUUGUAUUGGAAAUAACGAUGAAAAAUCGUAGACAUACAUUGGCCUAAUAUAUUAGCAACAACAAUUCGGCGCUUAAUUUGCACUAGAAUGGUAAUCAUUUGUUAUGUACAAGAGAACACUAGUAGGCCUAAAAUAGACUUGCUUUAUCCGGUAA